UCCGGCUCGAGUUCUCUCCCCGCGCCCGCUUUCGACAUGUCUGAAACCGCGCCCGCCGCGCCCGCCGCCCCGGCCCCCGCGGAGAAGACGCCGGUGAAGAAGAAGGCCCGCAAGUCCGCCGGCGCAGCCAAGCGCAAGGCGUCCGGGCCCCCGGUGUCCGAGCUCAUCACCAAGGCGGUGGCCGCGUCCAAGGAGCGCAGCGGCGUGUCCCUGGCCGCGCUCAAGAAGGCGCUGGCGGCCGCCGGCUACGACGUGGAGAAGAACAACAGCCGCAUCAAGCUGGGCCUCAAGAGCCUGGUGAGCAAGGGGACCCUGGUGCAGACCAAGGGCACCGGCGCCUCGGGCUCCUUCAAGCUCAACAAGAAGGCGGCCUCCGGGGAGGCCAAGCCCAAGGCCAAGAAGGCGGGCGCGGCCAAGCCCAAGCGGGCGGCGGGGACGGCCAAGAAGCCCAAGAAGGCGGGGGGGGCCGGCACCCCCAAGAAGAGCGCUAAGAAGACCCCGAAGAAGGCCAAAAAGCCCGCCGCGGCCGCAGGAGCCAAAAAGGCCAAAAGCCCCAAGAAGGCGAAAGCGGCCAAGCCCAAGAAGGCGCCUAAGAGCCCUGCGAAGGCCAAAGCUGUGAAACCCAAGGCGGCCAAACCAAAGACCGCCAAGCCCAAGGCAGCCAAGCCAAAGAAGGCAGCCGCUAAGAAGAAAUAAGUUUCUUCGGCCAACUACUUAGCUCAACACAACCCAAAGGCUCUUUUCAGAGCCACCCCCAGA